AUGUUCACUUUUCCCGCAACAAUGGGCUGUAUAAGUGGAGCCACAGUUCUUUACACAGCUUAUGGGUACCGUCAAGAACCCAUCUUUAUUUUACGCCAUCUUUUAGUCUCUUCCUUGUUGCUGCAAUAGGCCGCUGAAUAAAGAUGUUCUAAAAGAUGGGCUUUCCGUACCUCUAAACUGCAGUAGAACCAGUGAAGGGCUGGCUACGUUCCCGCUGUAGCAGAAGGACGCGAAAAAUGCGAGGGUUGGUAAGGGAUCUUCUGGGCGUAAAGAGAUGGCGUGGGGUGAGGAAAGACGAUGGAGCUGCUCCUGGAAAACCAAAGAGGGAUAGUGCUAGCAGUUACACGGUGGAAGGAAUGGACCACGAGGAGCUAAGCAGCCACGAAUAUGGAGGUCGUGGGCUUCAUUCUGAAGAAACUUGCGC